GGCACAAAUUUCAAACCAGUUCAUAAUAUUGUAUGAAGAAGAAGAUAGCCGUGAGAGAGUGCAAUAACCAAGUUUAGUUUCGGAUGAGGAAGUUUUUCAACGUUUAAAAACAUUAUGGAAAAUAUUCCUAGGACACACGAAGAUAUCGAGGCGCAGAUUAAGGAGCUGCAGGCAAAGAAAAAGGACUUGAAGACAGUCACCGACGAGGGAGUGGGUUUGCUCGACAGUGGGAACUACUACGAUCGAGAUUUCUAUGACGCCGGCUUGCAGAAGAAUCGCUAUGAGGGCUACAAUACGUCAAUCGCAGCCAACGACGAGGCCGAUGAGGACGAGGAUGAGGGACUGCCUGUUACCCAGAAGCGCGCCUCCUACACUGCUCCCAAGGCAGUUUUAAAGGAAAUCCAGGGCAAGGAUGAUUUCGACCCAUUGGCGGAUAGACGCCGACCGACAAUUGCUGAUCGCGAGGAUGAGUACAGGCAGAAGCGGCGAAAGCUGGAAAUUUCCCCGGAGCGGGCGGAUCCCUUCGCAGAAGGGGGCAAAACUCCAGAUGUUGGAUCUCGGACCUAUACCGACAUUAUGCGCGAACAAAUGCUCAAAGGAGAAGAGAAUGAGAUCCGAAAGAAAAUUCUGGAAAAAGCUAAAGACGGAACAUUGAAAGUUUCGAACGGCGAGGCAGCAAAGAAGGAACCGAGGAAGCGCGGUCGAUGGGAUCAGACAAUCGAGGAUCAAUUCGUUCCGGCUAAAAAAGUAGUAACUGCCGAGGCGCCCACACCGUCAUGGGAUGAUAAAACACCAGCCGAUCACCGAUGGGAUGAAACGCCUGGUCAUAAGGGAAGUGAGACUCCAGGAGCAACACCUGGUCUAGGCACUCGAAUAUGGGAUGCAACACCAGCUCAUGCAACUACGCCAGGAAGAGAUACUCCAGCUCACGAGAAAUCAACACGACGCAACCGCUGGGAUGAGACCCCAAAAACUGAAAGAGAAACUCCAGGCCACAGUGGCUGGGCAGAAACUCCUAAAGCCGAUCGCGGAACUGCAGACAACGUUCUUAUUGAAAGCGCGACACCGGGAACUAGUAAACGACGCAGCCGUUGGGAUGAAACUCCAUCAAAUGCAACCCCAUCAAUGACACCGAGUUCAGCAAUGACUCCUAGUAUGACACCCAGUAUGACUCCGCAUGCUACACCUGGCCACGCCACGCCAUUGCUAACACCUGGUGGAAGCACCCCGGUUGGCGCAAAAGCUAUGGCUAUGGCCACACCCACUCCAGGACAUCUUGCAGCAAUGACUCCUGAACAAUUACAGGCAUAUCGGUGGGAAAAGGAAAUCGAUGAAAGAAACAGACCAUUUACAGAUGAUGAGUUAGAUGCGAUGUUCCCUGCAGGCUACAAGAUCCUACCACCGCCGGCUGGGUAUAUUCCACUUCGAACACCAGCACGAAAGUUGACGGCCACUCCGACUCCGAUUGCUGGAACCCCGGCAGGAUUUUUCAUUCAAGUCGAGGAUAAGAAUGCAAAAUUUGUGGAUAAUCAACCAAAGGGACAGAAUCUACCAUUCAUGAAACCGGAGGAUGCCCAAUAUUUCGACAAGUUGCUUGUGGAUGUGGACGAAGAAGCACUGAGUCCAGAAGAACAGAAAGAAAGGAAGAUCAUGAAGCUCUUGCUAAAGAUUAAAAACGGCACUCCGCCAAUGCGUAAAUCAGCUUUACGUCAAAUAACGGAUAAAGCUCGUGAGUUUGGCGCUGGUCCUCUAUUCAACCAAAUUCUACCUCUUCUUAUGAGUCCGACUUUGGAGGAUCAGGAACGGCAUUUGCUUGUUAAGGUUAUCGAUCGGAUCCUGUACAAAUUGGACGAUUUGGUACGCCCCUAUGUCCACAAAAUUCUGGUCGUUAUUGAACCUUUAUUGAUUGACGAAGAUUAUUAUGCACGUGUUGAAGGCAGAGAAAUCAUUUCUAAUUUAGCGAAGGCGGCUGGCUUGGCUACUAUGAUUUCCACUAUGCGACCCGAUAUUGAUAACAUUGAUGAAUACGUGCGAAAUACCACUGCUCGUGCCUUCGCUGUAGUAGCUUCAGCCCUGGGCAUUCCAUCGUUGCUACCAUUCUUGAAAGCUGUUUGUAAAAGUAAGAAGUCAUGGCAAGCUCGGCACACGGGUAUUAAAAUCGUUCAACAAAUCGCCAUUCUGAUGGGCUGCGCAAUUUUGCCGCAUUUAAAAGCAUUGGUUGAAAUUAUUGAACACGGUCUGGUCGAUGAGCAACAAAAGGUAAGAACGAUCACUGCGCUGGCUAUCGCUGCUCUUGCAGAAGCUGCUACUCCGUACGGUAUCGAAUCAUUUGACUCCGUGUUGAAACCUCUUUGGAAAGGUAUUCGUACGCAUCGUGGCAAAGGUCUAGCUGCCUUUCUAAAGGCCAUUGGUUAUUUGAUCCCGCUCAUGGACGCCGAGUACGCUAACUACUACACGAGGGAAGUGAUGUUGAUUCUGAUUCGAGAGUUCCAGUCGCCAGAUGAGGAAAUGAAGAAAAUUGUGUUGAAAGUCGUGAAACAAUGUUGUGCUACAGACGGUGUGGAGGCGCAGUACAUCAAGGAGGAAAUUCUGCCGCAUUUCUUCAAAUUUUUCUGGAAUCAUCGAAUGGCCUUGGAUCGACGCAAUUACCGGCAAUUGGUGGACACUACCGUGGAAAUCGCGAACAAAGUAGGCGCUUCUGAAAUCAUAAAUCGCGUCGUGGAUGAUCUCAAAGAUGAAAACGAACAAUACAGAAAAAUGGUAAUGGAAACUAUUGAGAAAAUCAUGGGAAAUCUGGGAGCAGCAGACAUUGAUUCACGCCUUGAGGAACAAUUGAUUGAUGGUAUUCUGUAUGCUUUCCAAGAACAGACUACUGAAGACGUUGUCAUGUUGAACGGUUUCGGCACGAUUGUCAAUCAAUUGGGAAAGCGUGUGAAACCAUACUUGCCACAGAUUUGCGGUACCAUUUUGUGGCGAUUGAAUAAUAAAUCGGCAAAGGUUCGACAACAAGCUGCGGACUUGAUUUCACGUAUAGCGGUGGUGAUGAAGACAUGCCAGGAAGAGAAGCUUAUGGGCCAUUUGGGCGUCGUUCUAUACGAAUAUCUGGGUGAGGAAUAUCCAGAAGUGCUGGGGUCAAUAUUGGGAGCAUUGAAGGCGAUUGUGAAUGUUAUUGGUAUGACAAAAAUGACUCCGCCCAUAAAGGAUCUUCUGCCCCGCCUGACGCCUAUUUUGAAGAAUCGUCACGAAAAAGUGCAGGAAAAUUGUAUUGACUUAGUGGGCCGAAUUGCUGAUCGCGGACCUGAAUACGUGUCAGCUCGCGAAUGGAUGAGAAUUUGCUUUGAACUGUUGGAACUUCUGAAAGCCCACAAGAAAGCUAUUCGGCGAGCUACUGUAAACACAUUCGGUUAUAUUGCAAAAGCUAUCGGUCCCCAUGAUGUGUUGGCGACAUUGUUGAAUAAUUUGAAAGUACAGGAAAGACAGAAUCGUGUUUGUACAACGGUAGCCAUUGCUAUUGUCGCAGAAACCUGUCGACCAUUUACAGUCCUCCCCGCUCUAAUGAACGAAUAUCGUGUUCCGGAACUGAACGUUCAAAACGGUGUUCUGAAGUCACUUUCAUUCCUAUUCGAGUACAUUGGCGAAAUGGGGAAGGAUUAUAUUUACGCUGUUUGCCCUCUACUCGAAGAUGCACUCAUGGAUCGAGAUUUGGUCCAUCGUCAGACAGCUUGUGCUGCUAUUAAACACAUGGCCCUGGGCGUUUACGGAUUCGGAUGUGAAGACGCUUUAAUCCAUCUCCUGAACUAUGUGUGGCCAAACAUUUUCGAAACAUCGCCCCAUUUAGUGCAGGCGUUUAUGGACGCGGUGGAAGGUUUGAGAGUAUCUCUGGGACCAAUUAAGAUUUUACAGUACACAUUACAAGGUCUGUUCCAUCCUGCACGAAAGGUUCGAGAUGUUUACUGGAAAAUUUAUAAUUCACUGUAUAUUGGUGGACAAGAUGCUCUGAUAGUAGGCUACCCGAGGAUAAGUAACGAUCCGAAAAAUCAAUAUGCGCGAUAUGAAUUAGAUUAUACUAUUUAAGUUUUAGGAGAAUCUUCACUGUAAUAAUUCUCCUUUCACACUGUAGAGUAACAUAUGUGAGAAUUUGAAAUAAAGGAGGAAAUAGUAUUAACGCA